GAGAGACUCUCAGCCUCAACAAUAGUCAAAUCCAUCAUCAUCCGUUUGCUAUGGCUUCUUCUAGCCGUCAACAAAACAAGCAGUCUCCUUCUACUUCUACUGUGAUUUGUUUCUUUAAGAUUAUUCUCAGACAAACUCUUCAAAAUGAAGACUUUGUGAAAGAUUAAUCACGGAAAAAUAUGGUUCUGGCCUAUCAAACUCAUUGUAUUUAAGCCUCUGAAUAGUACUGAAUGGAGAGUAGAUUCGACUAAUCAUGAUGGUAGAACUUUGUUUAAAAAGGGUUGGAAAGAGUUUGUUGCAUAUUACUCUCUUGAUCAUGGCCAUUUGUUAUGGUUUGAGUCAGUGGUCAGCAGCCGAUGAAAAGGCCAGAAGAACAAAAAACUAGAGAUGUGGAUAGUAGUCCCAACACCCAAAACAUGAGACUUAACAAGGGACGGCAGAAGAAAAGAUUGAAUGAACCAUUGCCAAGAGAAGUCCGGGCCAACAGAGGAAAAAGCUGAGAGCACCAGUAUUCUAAAGGUAGACAGUUGGAAAAUGACACACAAAUCAGGGGAUGUGGAAAGAAGCUUCAAUUCGCACGGUAUUAAAUCUAAAGAAAAAAACCAUGAGAUGCCAGUGUCUGUCAAUCAAGAUUCUAAUGGCAAAAGGAAUAGAAGAAGAAAAGAUUCUGAAUCUCCUGUUAGGCCCUGUCCUAUAAGACCUGAAUCUCUGAAAGAAGCUAAGAAGUUUAAGUGGGAAAAGCCCUCUUUCAUCAUCAAGAUAACUCAACGGUCUCAAACGAGAGCACCAUGUUACUUUUCAACUAAAUUCUUCAGAAAGUAUUUUGAAAAUAAUCCCCCAGAAUGCAAAUAUAAGGUUUGGAAAGAAGUUGUUCCCUGCUAAGUUGAUCUGUAGGCCAUCAUCAUGUGAUGCCUUUAUCUCUGCUGGUUGGAAUCUUUUUGCUCGAGCUAGUAAAUUACAAGCCUGAGAUGUUUGUUUUAAGCUCAUCAAUAGAAAAGAUCCAUGUUGAUA